UAAAUAUUUGUUACUAAAAUAAAAGUCUAACAAUAUUUUAUUUUUUAUUUUAGGUUCCUGAAAAAUGUGAGUCCUAAACACGAGCUUAAACGGCCUAUAUUUAGGACCAACCCUUAUUAUAAGUGAAGUUGAGGUGCCCACCAUAUAAUAAGGGCAUUUGUUAAGUGCUCUAAACAAAUUAAUUAAGUUGAAGAACUACUCAUACAUCAACUAAUUAAAUAACAAUCAUAAUUAAUACUUGAUUAAUUAAUUAUGCAUAUCUCUCAUUAAAUCCCAAAGUGUAUAAAUACCACACGUAAUGUAUUUUUCUUUUGUCUAUAUAAACACAAGGACACACACAAGUUCAUUCUAUAAGCUAAGCUCAUCAAGUACUACUAGAUUUUUUAUAGGGAGGAAAUUAAAUCACAAUUAAGAUAUAUCAUUUGAGUAUUAUUAGUGAACAUGAUGAUGAGUAGUAGUGAUGGCAAAACUUUGUUUGAAAAAGCAAAGCCAUUUCUUGGUGUUGUGUUCUUGCAAUUCGGUUUUGCAGGAAUGGAUGUUCUCUCUAAGGCCGCGUUAAAUCAAGGAAUGAGCAACUAUGUCCUCGUUGUCUAUCGCCAUGCCGUCGCCACCAUCAUCAUUGCUCCUUUCGCAAUUUUUCUAGACAAAAAAGUAAGGCCAAAGAUGACACUUCCUAUCUUCAUCAAAUUAGUUGCUUUGAGUUUACUUGAACCAGUUAUUGACCAAAACUUGUAUUUCAUGGGAAUGAAAUACACAACAGCAACAUUUGCAGCAGCUAUGACUAAUAUUCUUCCAGCCAUAACUUUUGUUUUGGCUUGCAUACUUGGGCUAGAAAAGCUCAACAUUAAGUCAAUUCGAACACAAGCAAAGGUGGUGGGAACCGUAGCAACGGUUGCAGGGGCUAUGGUGAUGACUUUGAUGAAAGGUCCCAUCUUACAUCUCUUUUGGACUAAAGCAACAACAAGUGGCGGGCAUCACGGGCAAGGCGGCGGCGGGAUUAGCCUUGCUAAUUCUAUCAAGGGCUCACUCAUGAUCACAAUUGGGUGCUUUAGUUGGGCUUGUUUCAUGGUUUUGCAGGCAAUCACUCUGAAGACAUACCCUGCUGAGUUGUCCCUCACAGCAUGGAUUUGCUUAUUAGGCACAUUGGAAGGAACUGCUGUGGCUUUGGUUAUGGAAAGAGGAAAUUCUUCUGUUUGGGCUAUUCAAUGGGACACAAAAUUAAUGGCAGCUGUUUACAGUGGUGUGGUGUGUUCUGGAUUAGCUUACUAUAUUCAAGGAAUUAUAAUGAAAGACAGAGGCCCUGUUUUUGUGACAGCUUUUAGUCCCCUUUGCAUGGUUAUUGUUGCUAUCUUGGGGGCUUUCAUAUUGGCUGAGCAAAUGUUUCUCGGAAGGGUAAUUGGAGCUGCUAUCAUAAUUAUUGGAUUGUACCUUGUUGUGUGGGGCAAGAGCAAAGAUUACAAGUCUACAACAAAAGAAACUCUUAUUGAUGACCAAAAACAAAUAUCAUCAGAAAUAAUUUGUAGUGGAAAAGACAACUCUCACAACCUUCAAAUCAUUACUGUUAGUAAAUCUGAGGAAGGAACAGAACAGACUAUUACGACCAAAUAAUUAAUGUUUUAAGACAUUUUUAAUAUCCAAACUAAUUAAUUAAGUAGUUUUGAUGUAUUAUAUUUAUUAUAAUUAAUCUAAACCGAAUGAGAGAUUGAGUAACUCCAUUUGGAUAUUGGGUUUGUUUAUUUAGUACUAUAUGACAAAUGAAUUUUCCAACUACUAUUUUCAUUGUACCA